UUUAUUCAGUUCCUAUUUUUUCAGAAACUGUAUCCCGGAAGUCCAGGUUUAACCUUUGAUUUUUUUCAGGUUUGGAGAAGGAUUUAAAUGAGAAUCUCUACGGCCAACAUAUCGUGUCGAAAGUUGUACUGAAAAAUGUAUCGUCAUUUAUGACGGACAUUAACCCGAACAAACCGCUCGUGCUCUCCUUUCACGGGACCGCAGGAGUGGGGAAAAACUACUUGUCUAAAAUCAUCGCAAGAAACAUUUACAAACUAGGGGACAAGAGCGAACAUUUUAUCAUGUUUAUAUCCGAACAUCAUUUUCCACACAAAGACAAAGUCGACAUGUACAGUGCACAAUUAAAGGAGCAGAUUCAUCAGCACGUACUACGUUUUCCUCGGACCAUGUUUGUAUUUGAUGAAAUGGAAAAGAUGAAUCCACGGCUGGUCGAGACCAUCAAACCUUUUCUGGACUAUGCGACACAUGUGGAUGGCGUGUCAUUCCGCAAUGCAAUCUUCAUUUUUCUAAGCAAUGCAGGUGGUGAUGUGAUCAACAACAUAGCUCUGGAUUUCUGGAAGGCAGGUAAAAACAGAGAAGAACUACAGAUGAACAGCAAGGAGAUGGAGACUCAGAUCUUAAGAAACGUCUUCAAUGAUAGGAGCAGUGGAUUUUGGCAAUCCUCUCUAAUACAUCGCCACCUGGUGGAUCACUUUGUUCCUUUUCUGCCUCUGGAACUGAAGCAUGUACGCCAGUGUGUUUUGCCUGAAAUGGUCAAUCUGAACAUGACUUUACCACAUCAUCACACUGAUCUGGCAGACACAGUGGCCAGAGAAAUGCCCUUCUUCCCCUCAGAGAAAAUCUUCUCUGUUAAAGGUGUGACAGAUUGA